GGUUCUAUUACAUAUCCAACAAAUUGCCGGUUUUGUGGUGGGAUGUUGCGUGCAAUUGAUAAACAUCGAGAAGAUCGAAAGCUUACAUUACAAUACAGGUGUCGUAAAUGUAUAAAAUUUAAUGGUUUCACUGCCGACAGGCAUGCUAAACAUUUCUUAUCAGAGGAAGCAAAAUCAAGGGCUCCACAUAUUGAUUAUGGCUGGUAUCUAUCAGAUCCAGUGAGACAUUCUUAUAGAAUCUUUGCUAACGAUGGUGGUUCUUCGGCUUCAGAAGCUGAUAGGCCAACCGUAGAUGUCCGACCAAUUAUUCAAAAUGGAAAUAUAAUGCUUCGGGUAUUCGGACAAAGACGACUGGUUAAAUUAUUAUGA